CAGCUAAGCAGAGUCAGACCAAGAUCUCCGACGUAAAUAAUUCAGCAAACUGCAAUAAAGUCGAGGAUUCCUCUCCUGAUCCAAUUUUCUGACCACAUCUUCUAUCCUUGAUAGAAGCAGCUGUGUGUCGUAUUCAACGUCUUAUUCCUUGCUAUGUUUCGUAUCUGUGUUGUCAAGAUCUGAAUUCGUUGUCAGUUUCGAAUUUCUCACCUCAGUAAAAUAUGCUUUGUUAGUAUCGUUGUGAGUGAUGAGUUCAGACCCAGAGGAAAAUGCGCCCAGUCCUUUAGGACCGGAUGAUGGAAAGCGGCCUGCUGAGUGGCAGAAGAUAUCAGACAGCAUAUAUCUUGUGGACAAUGGAAGGACGAAAAAUGGACGGCUGGACAGAAAAAUGCGCUGUGACUGUGAUUUGGAGUACGAUGACGAAGGAAAGCCCCUUGAAGGCUGUGGAGAGGACUGUAUCAAUAGGCUGCUGAUGAUAGAGUGCAAUCCCAAGUCUUGCCCGUGUGGAGAAUUCUGCUCAAACCAGCGCUUCCAAAAGAAGCAGAAUGCACCAGUGGAAGUCUAUCACACACACUCUGCCAAGGGCUGGGGUUUACGUGCCCAGAGUGACAUUGCUGAUGGUGUAUUUGUGCGUGAGUAUGUUGGUGAGGUCUGCUCGUUUGUUGAAUUUCAACGUCGAACGGAAGAGUACCAUGAGCAGGGCCGCCGCCACCACUAUUUUAUGACACUGCGCAGUGACCAAAUCAUCGAUGCUACUCUACGCGGCAGCGUAUCGCGCUUCAUGAACCACAGCUGUGAGCCGAACUGCGAAACACAGAAGUGGACGGUCAACGGGCGCUUGAAAGUUGGUUUCUUCACGAAACGUGACAUCGCUGCGGAUGAAGAGUUGACGUUUGACUAUCAGUUUGAGCGCAUUGGCGAGGGUGCUCAAGAAUGCCACUGUGGUACGCCAUCGUGUAGUGGUUAUAUCGGCGGUAAGCAGCAGAAGUCGGAACGCGGUAACGUUGUCGUCAUCCCGGGUGGUCGACAGAGCAAGAAGUCGCGUGAUGCCAGCGGUGACGGUGAUGACGAUGAGGCCGCGGGGGCCGUAAUGGAAGACGAGCUAACGCGUACGGUGCGCCAGUGCUGCCGCGGCGAUGGCCAGGGCCUGGUGCGAGAGGAGGACGUACUGGUGUUGUCGCGAGUCAUGGUGACGGCUGACAGCACGGAACACCGCAUGCUGGUGCUGGAAGCCCUGCUCAAUACGCACAACGACAAAUGCCUGCGAAUGUUUGUCAAACUGCAAGGACUCUCCCUUCUCUGGAGCUGGAUGGUGGAUCUGGAGGAUGGCAGCAAUGGGCCGAUGGCAAUGCGUGUCUUAGAGGCCCUAGAGCAUCUGCCUGUCAUGAAUCGAAAUGUGCUAAAAGACAGCAAAGUGCUUUCUCAGGUGACUCGGUGGUCGGAGGCGCAGAUGAAGCCAGUCCCGGUCAAUGGCACUGUUGCUGAUGCUGUGUCGUCUUCUGCGAAUGUGGCCGCUGCGAAAACAGUCGGGGAGACUACAUUCUCAUCUGAAUCAUGUGUGGAGAAUGGAAAUAGGCAACCUGAUAGUGCUAUGAAUGUUGACUCCGAUUCACUUCAGGCAACGAUCACCCCGUCAUCCUGCAGUGACUCUGGUGUUGAGUCGCCCAGCAGCAGCAUAGAGCAUGCCAACCCUAGCAUUGUUGGAGGGAGUGCCGAGAUGGACGUCAUUAAGCAGAAAGCUGAACAGCUCUUGGAGAAAUGGAGCUCACUGAAGGAAGUAUAUCGGAUUCCCAAGAAAGGUGCUAAAGGGCCUGCUGCUCCUCCGCCUGCUCCUGGUACUCCUACAGCAUCAUCGCAGCCACCGAGUAUCGCCCCACCAAGAGACAGUCCGCAUCUGGAUACUCUCAGUUCGUAUGAAAGAGAGCGUUUACGUUGCAAGAUAAAAGAAGCUCAGAAAUUGGUACAGCGAGCUGUACCUCGCCCUGCCCCAACCCCAGAGGGUCUCCAGCAAGUAGCCGCAUCAGUCCUCGGCCUAGCUGCUGCUGUGAAGCUAUCCCAAGUAGCUGCUGUAACCCAGGCUGCUGCUGUUGCGUCACAAGCGUCUGCAGUAGCAGCAGCAGCAGCAGCAGGUGGAGCAUUACCCACCGGUGCCGGUGUCCUGGGUCCCGCUCCGGGUGUACGGUCGGUGAUACCUCCGGUCCUUGGAGCUGCCGCGCUGGCCGCAGGUAUUCCGCCUCCACCGAUUCUGUUCACUAAUCCAGCAGCUGUGACAACACUCUUGCAGUCAGGUCUCCUGUCGCAUGCUAUCUCACCUAAUCAACAGCCGCAGCAGCAAGUGCCGAUACCCGCAGUGAUGGCGGCAGCGGCAGCUGCAUCCGCCGCCGCAGCAGCAACUAUACCGUCCUCUGCUAUCCAACAGCAGCAGCAGGGUCAGCAACCCGUACAAACUGGCACUCCUGUAGUAAACUGGCAGUCGUCUCCACCGCCCAGAAGACUGCCACAAUACUGGCGAUCGGCACAGGACAGCGAGGGCAAGACGUAUUACUACCAUGUGGAGCGCCGUGUGUCGCAGUGGGAUUUCCCUAUCAGCGACGGUGCUGAUGGUGAUGAAACUCCUCCAUUGCCAACGGAGCCACCCACCGACGAUGAGUGCCACACGCCAGAUGAAACACCUCCAGCUAGUGAUUGUGGUACUCCAAUGGACUGCUCGUUGACGAGCACCAUUGCUACUUUCUCACCACCAGUAAGAAAACUUUCCAGUACAUUACAGUCGCAGUCCAAGCCGCCCCAACCUACCUCAAGUAGCUCAACUCCCAAGCGGAAUUCCUCUAGCAGCUCGAGUCGGGGAAUGGAUCUAACACCAGUUGAGCUGCGCCAGCUGAAGGAAAGCUUCAGGUCCGACCUGUCGAAGCUCAUCGUGCAGCUUCUCAACCCAUACCGCAAGCCGGACUGCAAGCGUGCUCGUAUUGAGAAUGACGGCGACUUCAAGCAUCUCGCACGCAAGCUGACGUUCAUCGUCGUCGAGAAGGAGCUGAAGGGCAAGUCCUGCUACCAGCUAGAGUAUAGCCCGUCGGUACGUGCGAAGACCCAAGACUUUGUGCACUCUUACAUGAAACGCUUCAAGGAGAAGUACAUCCGAUGUUGACGAUUGUGACUGUGCCCCCGCCUUAACUCACCGGACUUCAGAGAAUGUGCUCUCUCACUGCUACGUCCACUAAUACCCCCAUAGCCUCAUAGAAUUUUACACAGAAAGACGAAUAGAUCUUGGUGGCUGCUGUUGUAGCUAGCACAAACUGAUGCCAUGCUAUACUAAUCAUUGACUCGCAGGCUACUUGCGUGCUGUCUUGUGCCUGACAUGAUAUUAAUAUAAGUACACGUCUAUUUGAAGGAUCAACUCAAAUGCCCAUGCAAUCACGAGACCAUGAAACGGCUAGGCAUGCAUGCGUGCACAUACACUGCUCGUUUGGCUUCACGUUCUCUUUUUUGAAAUCUGCUUCGUUGCGUUAAGUUAGGUAGCUGUGUCGCGCUGUUGAGCAGUGCUAUGCUGAUUAGUGAGAUAUUUUCUGACCAUAGGUUUUGCAUUCAUUCUGUUCAGUCUUAUUCUUCUGCGGCAUGCAGAAACUACAGGAACAGUAUGUGAUUUUUGACUCUCCUUCAGUUUGGCCCGUCUUCUCCUAUCCGUCUGGUUUAUGCUCACUUCCAUAUGGUCUUGAUUAUCGUUUGAGGAGUGAGAGAGACUAAAGUUCCUCACUCUCCCCAUUUUCUUUGUGCUUUAGCAUUCUUUGAUUGCAAGUGUGUGCGUGCGUGUAUCUGUGCGUGCGCAUGUGUGUGUGUGUGUGUGUGUGUGUGUGUGUGUGUGUGUGUGUGUGUGUGUGUGUGUGUGUGUGGGUGUACAUCUUUAUUAUCUUUAGUACUCUUUCUUGCCUAGGUGUGUGUGUGUCUGUCUGUCUGUCUGUCUGUCUGUCUGCCUGUCUCUCUGUCUAUCUAUCUCUCUGCCUAUCCUUGUCUCUCACGGUGUGUCUCUUAUCUCUAUGACUGUGUUUUACAUAUUUUUUAUACUAUAGCACUGCAAUGGUGUAUAUAACAUCUAAAACAUAA